AUGCCGGACACCGGCAUAUCCCCUCCCCCGAUCUAUCUCAAGCAUAUCGAGGAUAUCCGCAAUCUUUCCGUGUGCUCGAGGAAGAUGACCAAGAAAAACUGUCCAGACUGCAGGGCGAGGGUCACAGUGGAACCGUCACCCAAUUAUCUUCUCCGAGAUCUUGUCCACGUGUUAAUCGCUCGAGCGGAGUUGCUUCCUGAAGAUGAGACCCUACAGGAACACCAGCUAGCCAAGGAGGCAGAGGCAGCUCAGCUCGCUGCAGAUCGCACCGGACCUGGUCUUUUCCAAGGCUUGUUUCGGAACCAGGAACGGAGAUACAUCACCUUGGCUCGUGGGCUUCUGGAUCAAGAGGACAAUGUCGUCCGGUGUCCUCAAUGUCACUGGGAACUUGAAGAGGGUGAAUGCAUGCGGUGUGGCUUCCAUGAAACAUACGACUCGGAUUCCGAUACCAUGUCUCAUUUUAAUUCCCCACGCCUGACUUCUUCGGAGUAUGACUCGCUCGACGAAAUUGAUCACGCAUUCGAUGGGUCCAUGAACGAAGCUGGAUUGGACUACUAUAGUGGCGAAAGAUCCCCUCGUUCAUACACAACGGAUGAAUAUGAAAGCUAUGGCGAAGAGGAUGACAUGGACAACUUCAUCGACAACGAAGCAGACGAGGCUGAUGACAAUACCGAUAGCGAAUCCACCAUGACCAUGUACAAUCGACAAUGGGCUGAGAACGAAAGUUCGUAUGCCAAUCCAUCAGAAUAUGCGAGCCAAACCUCUGCAGAUAGUGAUCACCGUCAACACUUCGGUAGACAUGGGACUUAUGCUCAACGCUCACGAAAUGACGUCGAGGAAAUAUCUGAUGCAGAGACAAAUUAUGAUGAAGUGACAGAGGAUUCUGAUCAUGAGCCUGAAGUACCACAACCAAGUUGGCGGAGGACAAGAGCAGCGAGGGUCAUCCUAAGCGACGACGACGACGACGAAGAAGAAGAAGGAGAAGGCGGAGAGGAACAGGAUGAUGCCGCAGAUGAAGCAUACGACGAUCCAUUUGAAAACAGAGAUCUGGACCACAGAAAUCAUGAAUCUGACGAUCAACAUGGAGAAGACGAGGGUGACGAACGGUAUCCAUCAGAGCACUCGGAAACCGAAGUCGAUCAGGAUUGCUCCGAUUCGGAGGGUUCAGAUGUGCGACCACCUCAGCCAUCAGCUCGGCGCAGACAGCAUUUGCAGAUCCUGCAAGGCAACAGUACCGCCAUCGUCAGAGAAGCAGUAUAUCUCAAGACAGCACUUCAGGCCGACGGCAUGGUUACCAUCGACCCUUUGCAAGAUCAGGCCUUGGUCGAAUAUUGGUUGGAGGCACGACUGGCUAUCAGUCGUGAUGAGAGCGAGAUCGACUUCCAGCGGCCAGAAUCGCUCGUCUGA